AUGGCUCCGCGACGACGAAGUGAACGGACAAAGAAGGAAGUCGAGGCAGAGGAUAUCGAUGCGACUGAGAUUAUGUCGACUCCAACAAGGAAAAGAAGACGACUGAACGGAACUGAAAAUGCUGCCCAGUCCCCAGCCCCCGGAUCUGUGCCUGAGACUGUACCUUCACUUGAUCAAGUUGUGCCUGUAAAGGCGAGCAGUCCUGAUUCAGUCGAGACAAAAGAUGACGAUGCCGAAAGCGAACCUUCGAUCGACGAAAUAAUAGCGAACUUGAAAGUUGCGCGAAACCCAAUAACUGCUUCAAUUGAGCUUUCAAACGACUUACAUGCGCGGGAUGCAAACGAAAGGCCGGCAUUUGCCAAGAUUGCUGGUCGUGAUUGGACCCUUUUUGUCCAACAACCUUAUGUGCAUAUUGGCCGUGCCGAACGCCCAAAUCACCCGCAAGAUGGUCUCACUCCUGCAAGCAUUCCCGGUACAAUAUCGUCUGCAAACACGGGUAGUAAUUUCCACAUAGCUAUCGACUUGGGUCCAAGUCGUGAGGUGUCGCGACUCCACGCCUCGAUCGAAUACAAUAGCGAUACAGAAAAAUGGAUCCUCACAACAAGAGGUCGUAAUGCGCUGAGAGUUGAUGAUGCGACAGUCCACAAAGAUCACAAUGUCACCUUGCAUUCUGGCUCCGUCAUCGCGAUCGUUGGUACACAGAUGCUGUUCAUUCUGCCCAACGUGGAGCCUGUAAUUCAUCCAUACAUCAAGCAGCAGGCGCUCGCAGAUCCAGCCGAAACAUCAACGGAUGAGGAGACGCGCUCCAGGCGGCGCAAUGGUAGAGGCUUUAUUGAUGACCGCCAGUUCACCGAUCUUGAUCCGUUUCCUCCCUCUUCCACAGGCUUCAAGCCCUACCCACAAAGCGCUGUGAAACCAAGGGCCAGUUUACCGGGUAAUACUUUCGCUGCAGCUGCCUUCGCUGGAGCUCCUCAGCCUGCUACACCUCUAGCAUCGCGCGUAAAAGAGCGAGCACCCCAGUCUCCGGGAUAUGCACGCGGAGUCAUGAUGGAGAGCACGGAGGAUAUCGAUUAUAGCGCAGAUUCUGCCAAAGAACUCAAACCUCCUCAGAGUUACGCCCAACUUAUCGGUCAGGCCAUAAUGAGCAGUCCGGAUGAGAUGUUGACCCUAGCGCAUAUCUACCAGUACAUCCGUGACAAAUAUGCAUUCUAUCGUUACAGUGGUAGUGGGUGGCAAAAUUCGAUUCGCCACAAUCUCUCGCUGUCAAAAGCCUUCGAGAAAGUAGCACGUCGUACCGAUGAGCCCGGCAAGGGGAUGAAGUGGAAGAUUGUCGACGACCAGCGUGAUGAAUUCAUUCGUAAGACAUUGAUGAAUGGUCGCCGCGGAACUGCACGCAUGGGUUCUUCAGGUCCGAAUUCUCCCGCGGCGGGCAUGGCCCCUUCUUCGCAUCCAGGUGAGCGGUUCCUUGGGUACAUGCAGAGAGACAAUGGCCGACCUCCAACCUCAGAUUCUAAGAUGAAGUCUCCGCAGCGUUCUCACACUCCCCCAUUCAAUCAGAUACCCCAGGCUACUGAGGCGUAUACCCCAGAGCGAGGUCCUCGUCUCGCGAAGGGCUCGGACAUCAUGCCACCGUCGAACAACGGGGAACAAUCUCGAACUCCCAUCAACAGCCGGGCUCAACAUGGUACACAUCCGUCUUAUGCCGCGAGCAGCAGCGCGAACGUUGACACGACAAGUAGACUUGACCGGAACCCCAGCGCACCCGACACCGCCCCGGGUCUGAGGGUCAGUGGCUCAAACUCUCCUCCUCUGUAUGGAACCGAGACCAGUCGCGCGAACCAUCUCGUCACACCACUUGUAGCUCGUCAUGCUCCACGCCUUGCGCCUCCGUCGACGGCGCAGGCUCCAUCACAGUUCAUGCAAUUAAGCUCGCCCGCCCCAUUCUGGAGAUAUGCAGAUCUUGGGAGUACUCCUGUGCGUACAGAAUUGAGUCCUUCGCGGAAGAGAAAACACACAAGCGAUGAUGAAAGUACACCAGAUAUACCGCCGCAACCAAGCAGCCCACCUUUACCUCAGCCAGAGUUGGACAAAGACGCAGACGAAGAGGUGCCCGAGCCUGUUAGCCCUACCCGUAGCAUGAGCCGGCCGAUGAGCCGACGACAGACUAAGUCAGGACGUGAGCGCACCCUUAGCUCUGUGUCCAACAGUGGUAUAGCAGGAGACAAGAUUCCUCAGGGCUCAUCUUUCAAUGCUGGGUUCGGUGGCGUUAUCGCGCGUCCGUCAUCUACGAUUGCAGCGAAUACUACACGCGGAUCGGGAGUGUCUUACGGCAAAAGGGCCAGUCUCGCCAGAGACAGAAUGGACGAUGAGGAGGAAGAGGGUAUCGAUCUUGCCAAGUGAGUCGCAACCAAUAGGAUAACGACAAGAUCGUACAGCAUAUUGAUGACAUCGACAGAGGCUUUCAAAAAAUCGGCAGCUUUCAUUCAAGCUUUCCACGCCCUUAAGUUCUCAUGAAUUUCGACUUCGGAAAUGGUCCGAUAGAUACGGCCCAUGUUC